AUGCCAAGCGCCACACCCAACUGCGCGCACCGCAACCCCCGGAUGCCCUGGCCCUUCUACCUCGCCAGCACCCUCCUACUCCUCCUCUUCCUGCUCUGGGGUCUCUUCAUCCUGUGGUUCUACGCAUGGAAGCAACUCGAUCAGAUGCUCACACGCCAUGAGGAGUACGCGGGGAAUCACGAUAAGUGGAUGGAGGCGGAGGAGCGGUCGAAGAGUAUGGAUGAUGAUUUGAAGCUGAGGCAGUUUUUGAGGAUCGAGUUGGAGGUGGUGGAGGCGAGGUUGGCUGAGAGGGAGGCGGGGGAGUAG